AGUUCGCCGGCAAAUAGAGGAAAAUCAGAUAAGUACCUAAUUCCCCAUCUCAUGUGUUGCUUGAAAAGUUGCUCCACAUCAUGACUUCCAUCAUCAAGAUGCACGCUAUAUCUGGGGCGAUGGAUGAAUCGCCACCGUGCUACAUCCUGCAGGUUGACGAUGUGCGAAUCUUGCUCGAUUGCGGAUGGGACGAAAAGUUUGACCAGGGUUUUAUUAAGGAAAUUAAAAAAUAUGUACACACGAUCGAUGCAGUAUUGCUGUCCUAUCCGGAUGGUAGUCAUCUCGGGGCACUACCGUACCUGGUCGGAAAGCUUGGCCUGAAUUGUCCGAUCUAUGCAACGAUUCCGGUAUACAAGAUGGGACAAAUGUUCAUGUACGACAUGUUUAUGUCCCACUAUAAUAUGCACGAUUUCGACCUAUUUUCGUUAGACGAUGUGGACGCAGCAUUCGAUAAAAUAGUACAACUAAAGUACAAUCAAAGUGUAGCAAUGAAGGGUAAGGGAUACGGCAUCACGAUCACUCCCUUGCCGGCUGGCCAUCUGAUAGGUGGCACAAUUUGGAAGAUUGUAAAGGUCGGCGAAGAGGACAUAGUGUAUGCCACCGAUUUUAAUCAUAAAAAGGAACGUCACCUCAAUGGUUGCGAGUUGGAAAAGCUGCAACGACCAUCGCUCCUUAUUACGGACGCGUAUAACGCCCGGUACCAGCAAGCAAGGCGGCGUGCACGAGAUGAGAAGUUUAUGACGAACAUUCUGCAAACGCUCCGGAACAAUGGUAACGUUCUUGUGACGGUUGAUACGGCCGGACGAGUACUGGAGCUGGCCCACAUGCUAGAUCAGCUGUGGAAAAACAAGGAAUCGGGCCUAAUGGCUUACUCGCUAGCGCUGUUGAACAACCAAAGCUAUAACGUGGUAGAAUUCGCAAAAAGUCAAAUCGAAUGGAUGAGCGACAAGCUGAUGAAAAGUUUCGAAGGAGCACGUAACAACCCGUUCACCUUCAAACACCUGCGACUCUGCCACACGAUGGCCGAUCUGGCAAAGGUACCCAGUCCGAAGGUGGUGCUGGCCAGUUCGCCUGAUAUGGAGAGUGGCUUUUCGCGAGAGCUCUUCAUACAGUGGGCACCGAAUGCAAGCAAUAGCAUCAUCAUUACCAGCCGUUCGUCUCCGGGUACGUUGGCUCGAGACCUGAUCGACAAUGGAGGCAAUGGGCGCAAGAUCGAGAUGGACGUACGACGUCGGGUAGAGCUCGAAGGGGCCGAGCUGGAGGAAUACAUGCGAACGGAAGGCGAAAAGCUCAGUCGAUCGAUCAAAAAACGCGAUCUGGACGAAAGCAGUUCCGAUUCGGACGAUGAGCUGGAGAUGAACAUCAUCACCGGGAAGCACGAUAUAGUCGUGCGUCCGGAAGGUCGUUCGCAUACGGGCUUUUUUAAAUCGAGCAAGAAGAGUUACGCCAUGUUUCCGUUCCACGAGGAGAAGAUCAAGUUCGAUGAGUAUGGAGAAAUUAUACAAUCGGAUGACUAUCGUAUGGUGGACCUAGGUCCGGAAACGAACGGCACCGAUGACAAUAAGGAGAAUGCUGGAAUCAAGGCAGAGGACAUAAAGAAGGAAAAGGACGAAGAAGUGACGAUACUGGACAAACCGACCAAGUGCGUUCAAGCGCGCAAGCCAAUCGAGGUGAACGCUCAGGUGCAGUUUAUCGAUUUUGAAGGACGCUCCGAUGGAGAAUCGUUGCUAAAAAUUCUUUCCCAGCUACGUCCCCGGCGGGUUGUGGUGGUGCGUGGAUCGCCAACCAACACGACACACAUUGCGGAGCAUUGCCAGCAAAAUAUAGGCGCCCGCGUAUUCACCCCGAACCGUGGUGAGAUCAUCGAUGCAACCACGGAAACUCACAUCUACCAGGUGCGUUUGACGGAAGCGCUCGUAUCGCAGCUAGAGUUCCAGAAGGGCAAAGAUGCCGAAGUGGUUUGGGUAGAUGCGCAAAUAGUCAUUCGUAACAAGCGGAUCGAUACGGUCGCGGAGAAAGAUGCUACCGGGGCGCCCGUUAAUAACGGCGGGACACUCUCGGCUAAUCCCGCGAGUUCGGGAGCGGGCUCGAACGUAGGUGGUGGUGCAGUCGGCGAUACCCAGAUGGAUGUGGACGAUGUCGACACGAUAGACGACAAGAUCGAUAAGCAAAUACUAACGUUAGAGCCACUGUCGCAAGACGAUCUACCACCACACAAUCCGGUGUUUAUCAACGAGCUGAAACUGAUCGAUUUCAAGCAGAUCCUGAUGAAAAGCAACAUUGCGUCCGAAUUUUCUGGCGGCGUGCUGUGGUGCAGCAAUGGUACGAUCGCGCUCCGUCGAGUCGACACCGGUCGGGUUACGAUCGAGGGCUGCAUUUCGGAGGACUAUUACAAGAUCAGGGAACUAUUGUACGAACAGUACGCUAUUAUAUAAGGUCAACCUUAUCGCUUUUGCUUAUAUAUCACGGUAUAUUUGUGUCAGGAAAAAAUAACGAAAUACACGAAUUCAAAUUCAAUCUUAAAA